UAAGGUAAUACAUGCUCUUUCGGCGCGCAAAUGUGACAUUCGCGCUAUUCGUUUUGUGUUUGUUAUAUGGACGCGGUACAAAAUAAUUGAGCAUCGUUGUGAAAUUGUUGGAUUCCUUGCAUUUCCUGCGUUAGAAAACCAUUGUGAUACAUUUUGUUGUUUUACCAGCGAUCUCAAUACAUUAAAAAUGGAUGAAAGUUUUGGAGCCGGCGGUUUUGAUGCAUCCCAGAUCGGAGGCAGUGGUGUUCAGAGCGAAACCAAAGCUGAGGGUAUUGUUCCGUUGGUUAUUGCACAAAUCAAGAAAGCACCCGAUAACUUUCAGCUAUUUGGCAUGGCAUUCGGAAUGGUCUCGAUUGUUGGUAUCGUACGAAAUGUUGAGCAUUCGUCCACCAAAAUCACGGUCACCGUCGAAGAUCAUUCGGGCCAAAUCGAUGCGCAUUUGUGGUUGGAAGAUGGUGACGGCUCAAACAUGCCAGCAUUGCUGUUGAACACGUACGUCCGUGUAUUCGGUUCGAUUCGUAAUCAAGGCGGCACAAAAGCACUCAUGAUUUUCAAAAUUGAUCCAUUGUCAUCGAUCAAUGAGCUGACUACACAUUUGCUGGAAGUGUUGAAUGCACGGUUCUUGGCUGAAGAUUUCGCAAAUAAUGCUGGUGGCGGCGGUGGUGGCUCCAAUACGAAUACCUACCAAUCGACAUCGACAUUCAACAGCAACACAGGCUUCACUGGCGGUUCGGAUAAUGGAAAUAGCCUCGGUUUGACUGGAAAACAGCUGUUGAUCUACAAAGCAGUGAAGGAAAACAAAGAUGACCAAGGCAUCAGCAAACAGGAGCUACACAAGAAAUUCAGUCACAUUCCAUUGCCUGAAUUAGAAAACAUCAUGGAGAACAUGACCACAGAAGGACACAUUUAUACGAGCAUCGAUUCGGAUCACUGGCUCCCAACUGACAUGGAGUAGAUGCUGCGGACUCAUCAACAAAAAUGCUUAUUUUGAAAACAAGCGUCAAGUUAUUUUCCAUACUAAACCAGUGAACAGAAGUGAAUUAUUCCGUUGUUAUUUUUUCGAUAAACAAAACACACACACACAUACAAAGAAAACGAAAUAAAGUAUUUCGAGAAUAGCAUGUGGUUAUUUCUCGUUCAAAAUGCGAAA